CACGCCUCCCGCCUCCUCUACGCCUGCAGCCUCGACCUUCCACCCCAUUCCUUUCGGAGAGAUUAGAUAAGACUUAGAACAUUAUCUCCGCCACUUGAGAGAGUUACUUGGAGUUUCCUGGAGUUGCAAACCCUCUCUUGCCUGUUCGGUCUCGUCGGGCACCUCCCUGCCUUGCCGACAGUCCGCCUCGACCUGCGCGGCCGACACACAGCCUCGGUUCUGACGGAACGAGUCCUGCACUAUGCCUGAUUUGACGGUCGCCGUGGUGGGAGGCAGCGGGUUCCUGGGGCGGCACGUGGUGGCGCAGCUGGAGCAGUGGGCAGCCGAAGGCCAGGUCGACGGCUGGGGCGUCAAGCAAGUGCGGGUCCUCGACAUUACGCAGCAGGGCGGAAACACAGGCGGCAAAACCACAGCGAUUUUCGAGGAAUGCGACAUUGGGGACGCGGAACAGUUAUCGCGGAGCCUGAAGGGCACGGACGCCGUCGUCAACUGCGCCGCCGUAUCGCCCGACAUAACGCAGGAUGAGGUUCGCUGCGGCUCUGACAUGUGGAGAGUCAACGUCGACGGAGUGCGGAACUUGAUACAGGCAUGUCGGGAGGCGGGCGUUAGCGUGCUCGUGCACACCAGCACUCUCGCCGUCAAGAUGGGCGGACAAAAGCUGAUGGAACACACGGAGAGCCUCUCGCCCCACGUCAGCGAGGACGCCCUCAUACUCGGGGACUACGCUCGAGGCCGCGUGCGUGCGGAGGAACUUGUCUUGGAGGCUCACGAUGGCCCCACGCAAACAGAAACGAGACUCCGCACGGUGGUGCUGCGGCCGCCCCUCCUGUACGGCGAGGGCGACCGGGCCUUCGUGCCGUACGUCUUCCGGCUGGCGCGCGCUGGGGGCAACACGAUGCCUUCCUUUGGCAAUCCUGAUGCUUUCCAACAGGCGGCAUAUGUUGGCAACGUGGCCGCGGCGCACGUCAUGGCUCUGAGGAAGCUUCUGCGGGAGGACGACGCGAGCCAACUGCAGCGCGUGGGCGGCCUGCCGUUGUACGUGACGGACGACACGCCGCCCAACAACCUGCCCGGCCUCGCGUACCCCUUCCUCCGCCACCUCGACCUGCAACCCGCCCGUGACCUCUCCUAUUGGACGGUUGCCAUCCUCCUGCUCCUGGCGAAAGCCUGGGGCGCCGUCCGCUCCGCCUUUGGCCUGAAUCCCGCGGGCCCUUCCGCCCUCCCGUCCUGGACUCUCCACCGCCUCGGCCAGACCAUCGCCGUCGUCAGUCGCAUGCGGGCGGAGCUCUCCAUGGGCUACACGCCGCCCUUCUCGUGGCCGGAGGCGCUGGCUCGCUCCACGGCCUACUACGGGGCGGCCUUCCCCGGGGAGAAAGCCUAGCGCCCUCGGGGCCUCGCCUCCGGGGUGGGACACAGGCGGGCAGCUGUGCGGGCAUUUGCUCUUUCGAUUAUCAUAUCAACAGCAUUUUAAUAACUAUCUAUUAAUAUAUAUAU